AUGUAUCUUUCCCACAGCCUCAGACAUGGUCCAGGAAGGCCAAUUGUCCGGGCGCUGGGCAGUGUCCGGUCGAUAAGAGGAAUCGCUACGGAAGCAGAUAUCGAGAGCGCUCGAAAAUACUGCGUAAAUCAAUUGAGACAAGGUGACUACGACUCCUAUCUCCUGCGCCAAUUCGUCCCUCGAUCCGCCCAAAAUGCCUACGACGCCCUGCGAACCCUCAACCUCGAGCUCGCCCGACUGCCCGAGACCGUCUCGAACCCCACGAUAGGGCUCAUGCGCAUGCAAUUCUGGCGCGAUGCCGUCAACAAGACCUUUGCUGGCAAUCCUCCCAAGGAGCCCAUCUCCAUUCUCCUGCAUAAAGCCAUAACCGACCUCGCCGAGAGGACAGGCUCCAGUAGCAGCGCAAGCUCGAUCAAGUUCUGGCUGCUGCGCUUCAUCAACACCCGCGAGAAGCACAUGGGCAACAGGCCAUUUUCCAGCCUGGCUGCGCUGGAGGACUACGCAGAGAACACGUACGCCACCCUGAUGUACAUGACACUGGCUGCAAUGGAUGUUCGCUCAGUACACAUGGACCAUCUGGCCAGCCACAUCGGCAAGGCGUGCGGUAUCGUCGCGACCCUGCGCGGCGUGCCUGUCCUGGCUGCACCUCCUCGGCCAGUGCACACGCCCGGUGGAAUGGAAGCAGGCAACAGCAGGAGUCAAGCCCUCCUGUUGCCACUCGAUGUCAUGGCUGAGGUCGGCCUGCGAGAGGAGGAUGUAUUCCGCCAUGGCCCGAACGCAGAGGGCUUGCAGGAUGCCAUCUUCAAGGUCGCCACCCGUGCCAACGAUCAUCUCAUUACAGCGCGGGAGAUGUUGAAGAACAUAGGCCAGGGGGUAGACCCAGGUCACGAAUAUGAACAUGCCGGCGAGGUGGAACACAGUCACGCCGAGGAGGAGGACACCACACAGCGGGAUGUCAAGCGUGGCUUUGGAGUGCUCCUGGAGGCUGUACCGGCUGGCGACUACCUGGAAAGGAUUGAGAAGGCCAACUUUGAUCCAUUCCAGGUCAAAAGUAGCUGGAAAUUGCCAUGGAGGGUAUGGCAAGCACUCCGGAAACAGCAAAUUUAA